UGUCAGCAGGAUCAGCCCAAUAAAAAAUAUGCUUGGUAAACAUUAAAGACUAUGCUAAUACAUUGUACAAUGCAUAAUACGUAGAAUAGAAUUUAACUUAACUCAUGAAUUAAUUUUUCAGCUUGCAUUUUAUGUUCUGAGAGACUUUUUUGAUUUGUUGCAGUUGCUUUCUGAAUACUCAAGAGGGAGCAAUGGGCAACUCACAUGGAACCGACAACUCUAGUACACUUGAGACACACUUCACAUUCAAGUUUUAUUUUUUUCUCUAAGCAUUUUUGAGUCAACUAGCAGCUAUAUAAUAUAGUUUCUUGUAAUUGUAAUUUAUAAUACAUAAUUAGCUUUGGAGUAACUUUAUGAUUAUCUCAAAACUAAUGAUUGUUGUAACUUUGUUGCUAUUGUAUGUUAUAUUCAGUGUGCAUAAGUAGUCAAAAAUGAAUAUCAUUUUUAUUUUUAUGCCAAUACUCAAACAAUAUUUUGGUAGUCCAUCAAUACAUCCAAGACAAUAUACACGAUAUCCAAAUUUUGCAUAUCUCCAAAACAACAAUUGCAAUAUUAUCUAUUUUUGCAUACAGUUCCCAAAUGAUUAUGACAUUUAUGAUACUGAGAACCCCGGUUUGAGAAUUCUGAAUAUUCAUUUCGAAUCUUAACUUGUUCAUUGUCUCUAAUACAGAAAGGUUAUUAAGUAAUCAAUAUCUUAACAUCUUCUCAUGCACUAAUCUGCUAAGUAAAUACUCAAUCAAAUACACAUGUCUAACUGUAAGUCCUAAAAUGAUAUGUCCAUACUUGUGCAGAUAUCUCAGUAUUGUCUUGUCUCUAGCUCUCCUGCAUUGCCUUGAUCAGCGUGUCAGCUGAGUUACAUUAGGACAGCUCAGUUAUUGAUCACGGUCGUGCUACAGAAAGGCCAGCUGCUGCAGCCUCCUGAGAGCAUCCCGUAAAGUGAGCCUUCUGUCCUGGGACAUCCACCAUUUCCGACCUUCACUCCUCCUCUGUCUCCUAUCUUCCUCUUAUUUUGCUCCUUCGCUUCUUACCCCCUCCAUCCUCUUUUACUCCCUAUAUGCAGUGCUCUAUAUGUUAUUCUUUCUGUACUGUGGAUAUUUGGACAUGCUUUAAAGCCAGUGAUCUCCCAGAAUGCAAGAGUUGAAGCGCUUCAGCGGUGGAGCUUGCUUGGUGAUUUCACAGGAUGGUGUAGACUGGUUUUGUAAGAAGAGAUGCACUGAUGAGAACAUAACAAAAAGAGAUGGCAAUGUUCAGCUGUGGAUAUCUAAGAACCACAUGGACUCUGGUGAAAGUGAGUUGCUGUCUUUCUACUGCCUUCAUGACUCUGGGAGCGGAUGGACCAACAAAGGAACAACACAAUUCACAGUGUGUAGUGUCCCAGCUCUGGAUUCCUGUGGAAAUCAGCAUGCUUUUACACUACCUUUCAUAAACUCAGCAUAUGCUGAGCAGUCUCCAUGGACAGACUUGCCAAAGACCCCAGAUAAUGUCAAUUACAUCACAAAGAAUUUAAACUGCAGCCCAAAGGAGAGGGUUGUAAUACUAUAUAAAGAUAAUUUUCUUGCAAAUCUUAUCUCUGAUGCCAUCAACUGUCACGAUAUCUGGCCCGUGGAGAUUACUGGACCAUUCCUUAAUGCCGAUAUAGAAGAUGUAAAUAGGCCCGAUAUUUUCAAGACUAGGAAUACCCAGAGUCACAGUGAUAAUGUGAUCAACAAAAACUACAGUGACAGCUUUAUAUAUGAUGGAGAAAUGGAGAAAAAGUCUGGACUAAGACACAGGAGGAAGAGUGUGUCCUUUGCUGAUGAUGUCAUGGUGUAUCUAUAUGAUAAGGACAGUCCUGCUGACAAGUUUCACCCUGAGCCAGACAACACCACAUCCUCCUCUUCAAAUCUCUCAGAAAUCUUCUUUGACAACAAUGGUCUGGAGUGGGAAGACGAAUUUUUAGCCUUAGAGAACUGUCACCUACACAACCACAAAGAAUCUUGUCCCUUCUCUUCAUCUUUGCCAACUCAAAACUGGACUAUUCCCAAACCCAAACAUCUGUCUCAAAGCUGCCUCUUCCUCACACAUGUUAACGAAUCAGACCUUGAACUGUGAGAUAAACCAUUUAAGGCAGGCCAAUAUUGAGUUUUUUCAUUAGUAACCUUCCUCGUCUAAGGCCAUAAUGCUGUCACCAUGGCCCACACUUCCACACUUGUUUUGCCCUCAGACAAACAGCCUUGGCAUAAUGGAAAAACCGCACUGGUCCUCCCCACUAGCUCAUCUCGCUCCUCUUUUAUGAUGACUCAGGCUUUUUAAUAGUACCCUUUGCCCCUCUCUCUCCAUUUCUGACCCAAAUGGAUUUAAAGCACCUGCCGUUCUUGACAUCACAGUUUUCUGAGAGACACGAUCUGUCAGGUUCUAAUAGGAUGCAACAGGAUGUUAUAUAAUUCGGAGGCCACAAAGGGUCACCUGUUGACACUCUUUGGUUCAAGCCCCAACGUUAGAUAAAUGUAGAAAUAUGCAAAUAUUUUUUUAAAAGUGUAUGCUGGCAAUCUUAUGAUUUACCUGAUUAACCCCAAAAGUAUUUUUUAAUUACCUUUGCAUUGAUC